CUUGGAAUUUUUCAGAAAUGAAACUAAAAAGCAAUUUUUCACGGAAAUUCAUAAAUUUACUGUUCAUUUAUAAUAUAAAAGUAUCCGUACAACAUCACAUUCAUGAUUGUAAGUCGUAAUUAUGACGAACUCGGAAAAAAUGACUGCGGAUGAGUCGGAACCUUCUUCUGAAAUGAUAAAUAGCAGGGAAGAAUCAACUCCAACCAUGUCUUUAUGGAUCAAAACUAAGCAGCUUCCGAACCAAUAUUGGGCACCGAUCUCAUCCUGCUACGAAGAUGCAAGAUUCCCAUUAGAAGUGCGCGAUGUUAUGUCUGAUUGGCUCGAGUGUCAAGAUUGGAAUUCCAUUGAUGAGAAUAAUCCAAGCAAUGAGGCCAUAGCCAGGACCAUGCUCAACAACCUGUUACAGGAAAUGGAGUCGAGAAGUAUGAAUUUAAACAAUGACUACUUCAGCACCAAGUUGAAAGUGGGACAAGCAAUUGUGGACUUCCAAAGAAUCUACUCUCCGAACCCUUUGUUACUGGUUCACUCCAUAAAGAAAUGUCUUACUAUUGAACAGAAUUAUGUCAACAUGAAUGAAGGCAAUUGCGAACUUCCCAGCAGCCAACUUUAUGAGACUGGUGAAAAGAUGAUAGUAUUGGAGGAACUGAAGGAUGCAACAAAGCGAACUGGUGAUCUGAUUCUAAGGCUGCAAGAAGACCAGGAAGUUUUCAACGUAGAAUUUCAGGAAUAUAAGACAAUGACUUUACAAGCUGAUGCUUUCAAGAGAAAUAAUGAGACUCCACGUGAGAGACUACAAACUAUGCAAGAAAAUUUGUCUAAAAUGUGUCUGAAGCUGAAGAACAACCAGCAGACAAUCCUGAAUAAGUUUGAGGAAUUAAAAGAUUUGCAUCCUAGCACAUUUGAAAAACUGAAAACUCUUACUAUGGAGGUAUUGCAGGAAGAUUUGGUAAAAUGGAAACGGAAACAACAGCUUCAUGGUACUACUCCAGAGAUGGAGGAAAAUAUCCGUGACAUCCAAAAACGAUGUUCUAUUUUGGCCAAACUGAUCUGGGAAAACCGGCAGCAGAUAAAGAAAGCAGACCAGUUGCAUCAACGUUUACGCCAAAGCAACCUUUAUCCCAACUUAGACAAUUCUAUUACAGAGCUGUUGUCUCAUCUAGUUACGAGCACCUUCAUUGUCCAAAUUCAACCGGCUCAAAUUCUGAAGAAGGACGCUGGCCGUUUUUCAGCAACUGUCACUCUGCUAGUUGGGAAGGCGUUAAACAUAAACAUGAAUCUACCUGACGUUAAGGCCAUGUUAAUAUCGGAACAAGAUGCCAGACAAUCCAGUAAAAAUGAACCAGGCAACAAUGAAACCAUGGGAGAGAUUGUGAACAAUGUCGGCAAAAUGGAAAUAGCUGAGAAGGAUUUCUUGUCUGUGAGAUUCCGUAACAUGCAACUGAAGAAAAUCAAAAGGACUGAACGAAGAUCUACAGAGGCUGUGACUGAAGAGAAGUUUGCCAUUCUGUUUAAAACAGAAUUUAAAGUUGGUGGUGAAGAUCUAAAAUUCUCUGUAUGGACCCUGUCUAAUCCAGUUGUGGUUACUGUUCAUGGAAACCAAGAAUGUAAAGCAAUGGCAACAAUUUUGUGGGACAACCAUUUUGCAGAACCUAAUCGGAUGCUAUUCCAAGUUCCUGAUCAAGUUCAUUGGUCUGACUGUGCUAAAAUGCUGAGUGAAAAAUUUAAAACCGACGUAGGCAUUUCCUUAAAACCAGAAGAUACAAACUAUUUGGCAACCAAAUUAUUCAAUAGCAGUCCCGAUGAAGAUUUUUCCAGACAUGUUCUCACUUGGAGUCAGUUCUGUAAGGAAAAUAUGAGGGAGAAGAGUUUCACAUUCUGGGAAUGGUUUUAUGCUAUUGUAAAACUGACCAAAGACCAUUUACACAAGUUCUACAAGGAUAAUUUAAUUGCUGGUUUCAUUGCAAAGGAUCAAGCUCAACAAAUGUUAUCACCAAAGCGAUGUGGUACAUUCCUCUUACGUUUCAGUGACAAUUUACUAGGGGGUAUCACCAUUGCUUGGAUCAGCCAGGAUGAAUCUGGUAAAAUGACUGUUUGGAACUUGAAGCCAUAUGACCACAAGGCACUUAGUAUUCGAUCAUUAGAGAAAAGAAUACACGAUUUGAAGAUGUUGAUAUAUUUGUAUCCAGACACUGUGAAAAGUGAUGCCUUUCCAAAGAUUUUUGAAGAAGAUGAUGACAAUGAACCAAUGACACGUCAUGGCUAUGUACCAAACAGUCUUAUUGACAGUGUACCUGGAAUGGACAAUAACAACUGCCCUCUGAAUGAUUCCAUGGAUUGUCAGGACAGCCCUAUGCCAUUGAUUGAAGAUCUGAUUUUAAACGACUUAUCCACCGAUUACUCCGUUGAUCCAUUUAGUUUUGAACCAAUGUUCUCACAAAGCUGCUCUGGUUUGUAGGGAGUUCAUAUGAACACCCACUUCCUUCUGGAUGUUGUUUUUGUGUAAUAACAGACAUCACUGCUGCCUUAGUCUGUAUCAUAAACUGUAAUAAUAAGAAUGAUAAUGAUAUCUU